AUGAUACCUCGCAAUAGGAGAAUAGACAUUAACAGUGGACUGCCACCCAGUGCGAGUUUCUGCUCCAACAGAGUCAGCACGACCAAGUACAACCCCCUGACAUUCUUCCCCUACUUCCUGUUUGACCAGUUCCGUCGCUAUGCCAACCUCUUUUUCCUCGCAAUCGGCUUGCUACAGCAAAUCCCAGGGAUCUCCCCAACUGGAAAAUUCACUACCCUUUUCCCCCUCUGCCUGGUUCUUCUCGCCACUGCUGUCAAAGAGAUCAUCGAAGAUGUGGUACGUAUGUCACUUUAGAGAAAGUGUUAGGCUAUGUAUGUUUAU